AUGAAAGUAAGAACACUCGAGCUUGCCGCACUCGCGCUGCAGUUCAGCCUUGCGCUCAGCAGCCCGUCAGCAAUCGACGACCGCCGGUUCGAAAAGGUGCGCUCGUGGCAUGAGCUCUCGCGGGUCUCGACCUCGCCUAUCCCUGCAGCCCACUCGGAGGCAGGAUACCAGUACACAGCAGUCAAGUUUGCGGCGUCAAUUAAGGACCCAAAGUUCGGCGACCAGUGGCACCUGGUCAACACUGUCGAGAAGGGCCACGACAUCAAUGUCACAGGCGUAUGGCGCCAAGGCGUCACUGGACAGGGUGUGACGGUGGCCCUGAUUGACGACGGACUCGACUACACGAGCGAGGACCUGCUGGACAACUUUGAUUUCGGCGGGUCGUACGACUUCAACGACAAAACCAAGCUGCCAACGCCGCGACUCAGCGAUGACUACCACGGGACGCGGUGCGCUGGACAGAUUGCAGCGAAGCGCAAUGACGUGUGUGGCGUCGGCGUUGCCUAUGGAGCCAAGGUGGCUGGGAUCCGGAUGCUGUCGGCCGAAGUCAGCGACCGCGACGAAAUCGAGGCACUAAACUACGCCAUGGACACAAACUGGAUCUACUCGUGCUCGUGGGGGCCCAACGACGACGGGCAGACCCCAGUCGAGGAUGCCUUUAUCCACGGAAUUGAAAAGGGCCGCGGCGGCCUCGGGUCGCUGUACGUGUUUGCGACAGGCAAUGGUGGGCAUAUGGGCGACAACUGCAACUUUGACGGGUAUACAAACUCGAUAUACACAAUCUCCAUCGGCGCCAUCAACCAUCUGGACCAGCACCCGCCGUACAGCGAGAUCAAUGGCGAUAACCGUGGAAUUGUUACGACUGACCUAGGAGUGCGUGCGUGCACAAGCAAACACGGCGGAACGUCGGCGGCAGCACCACUGGCAGCCGGUAUCUUUGCGCUGGCGCUCUCGGUGCGUCCUGACCUGACAUGGCGAGAUGUGCAGCAUCUGGCAGUGCGCACGGCCAUCCCGGUAGACACCGGCGAUAACGACUGGAAGGAUGUGGCCCAAGGGCGGAAAUACAACCACAAGUACGGACAGACCAAGAUUGUUGCCGCCAAGGACGCACCCAAGGCGCGCAUCGAGCCCAUCACCAGCCGCAACGGCGUGGGCAAGGCUGUUGAGCGCACAGUGCUGGUCACCGAGCAACAGGUGGCAGAUGCCAAGAUGAAGCGGGUCGAGCACGUGACGGUAUCUGUCGACAUUAAACACGAGUUCCGUGGUAACAUCGAGGUGUGGCUGAAGUCACCGAGUGGGAUCCGGUCCCAGCUGGCCGCGGCCCGUCCACGUGACUCAAACCCCGACGGUCUGCAUGGCUGGCGGUUCAUGACUGUCAAGCACUGGGACGAGGAGCCGGCCGGCAACUGGACGCUGCAGGUGCGCAACGCCCUGCUGCAGAGCCACUCUGGCAGGCUGAAUGAGUGGCAGAUGACGCUGUUUGGCGAGAGCACCGAGGAGGAGCCGCACCACACAGUGCCGGCGUGCGCUGGCUGUGAUUCUAUUGAUGCGGCGACGUGA